AUGCGCGUUGCUACUGCAGCAGCAUCAAAGGCGGCAGCGUGCAUAGGUGCAGCCGAAGAGAGUGAUUUUCAACCCUCAGCAGCAGGUGAUCUAUUGCCUACUGUUGUUCACAGUCCACGUGGUGAGGUAGCACGUGCGACAAGUACAUCCGCUGCGUCUUCAGCGGGUGCCGCGAAUCGCAAUGUAGAUGAGCCUGGGAUUAAGCUCUACUAUUCUGGCGAGUUAAAUGAUCCAUCCGACUUGAAGGCGACACCUCACGCCUCCGAAUCACCCGGGCGGACACUCUAA